CCCAGCUGGAGAAGUCCGAUUGAUUAUUUAGUGAUCCACCUUGAACUUGAUCCAAUUCCAAAUGCGUUUUCGUUUUUCAAAAGGACGGGACAUCUUGAUCUUCAAGGUAGUUCAUGGUUGUUUUCCUGCAUGUUCGGCGAGAGUUUUAACUGAUGUAGGGCCGCGUUUUUUCUGAUCUAACUAUCUUGUUUCAACAACCGGCACCAACCUGCUUUGCUUCUUGGGGCGCCGUGAAGUAGAGUUUGAGUACUAAUAAACAAAGCAAAGUCUGCUCACCUCCGAGAAACAGAAACAACCAGGAUGCUCCCACUGCGGAAGAGGUCCUCGUGUGGCCUCACCCUUCGGCCAGCUGCCUCAAGACUCUCCUCAACGUUGCUUCUCCUGCUCAACAUGCAUUUCAAUUUUUACAACAACCAGACAGCCACCGCCGUGAUGCAAAUGCCGGAGUCUUUUGAGGCAAAUGCCGACUGGGAGAUCAAAGAACGGUGGCAACGCGCCAAACCGUACAUCAAGUGCCCCGUCUGCCAAAUCGUGGUCCGGCACAUGCUCGAGCAGGUGGAGGAGGAUAAACUCGACCCGAAAGACGAAGACAAAAUCUACGACUUUUUCGAUUCCGUCUGCGACACCAACGGAAUCGGCAAGUCGAAAAAGCCGGAGGACUUGCGGGCGGUUUUGGAGAGGGAAUUGCAGAAAGAGAAUGAGAAAAAGUUGCUAGAAGAAGCAGGGGGGGCUUCUGGAGGCGAAGAUGACCAAGAAGAAACGGCCGGAGUUCGUGCAGCGACCAGCGACAAAGACGCAACGAAGUGGAAAACCGAAGAAGAACUGACCGUGGCGUUUCAAAAUUUGCAAAACACGAUGAAAAUCGGUUCUCUCAGUGGAAAUUUGAUGGACAGCGGCAAUAAAGAUAGCGGGAAUACAGGAGAGCAGGACACUACUGGUAAUGCCAAGAAAACGGGGAUGAAAAAAGAUCUAUUCACAGGAAAUUUCUCGUACACGUACAGAUGCGGUCUAUGCAUGACAAAACUUGGCCGCUUCGAUGCUAGUUUAGAAUGACAAGUUUUACGCUCCAAAUUGAUGAUGAAAUUUGUGAUGCAUGUUGUGCAUCAUGUACGGGAAAUUUGUAUUGCAUAAGAUCUCGACGAUGACUACUUCCAAAACGACCCGGAUGACCUUUUCGGGCGCUACCUGAUCCUCGAAGUACCCGGUGCGGACUUCGACCUCGCAAAUCCGAACUAUGGCGUUCUCAAACGUUACACUCUCAACUGCUACGUGAAUUUGUAAUGCAAGCAUGGCAAAAAUGCAAGGGUGAAGAUUGCGCCUUUUGCAUUACAGGUUCGGCACAGAUAUAGAUACUGUUUAGCCGUUUGUAAAUUUGUCAUGCGAAGCAGCUUGAUGAUAGUGAUACUGAUGAGAGUUUUGCAUGACAAAUCAUGUAACAGUUGAAAAUGUAACGUUUGAGAACGCCAUACGAACCUCGACGAGCAUGUGACCGACGGCCGCAGCACGAGCAAGGCCAUAUCGUACGCAAAUAGUGUUUCACUGUAAGGAUUUUGCAAGUUCUGCAUCACAAGUUUGCUCUACAUCACAGAGAAAAUUUGCCAUGCUAGAUUCCUAAGGGAAAAGACAGCUAAAAAUCCACUGUCUUGCAGCAUGUGUAGCAAGACAAACACUUCUCAGAUGCAGUUUCUGCAUUAGAAGUUCACAGUGAAACAGUUUUUUCUUGCGAUAGGUCACCAACACCAUGCAAUCAAUCGAGUUCCGGCAACCGCACAAGAAGCACAAGAAAAACGCCCCGAAGUACUUCUACAAGGUCAUCCGGAGAACACAGGGCAACGACCCGGAGAUUGAAGAGCGGAAACUGAUGAUGAAAAAGAUGAACGAGACAGACAGUGAGGGGUACAAAGUUCCGAUCGGCCAAGGAAACAAAUUUUGGCAGAAACACGCAAUGGCCGAGGUGUGCACGGAAUCGGUAUGCAAUGCAAAAGUAUUGUCGCGCUCUCAGCAAAAAAAUUUGCAAGGCGGAGGCAAUUUGUUUGUUUACAGAAAACUUCAGCUUAUCAUGCGGAUGUGAGGUCAAACUCAAAUUCAGAUAGCACAUCUGUCGUGUUUAACUGCUAAUGCUAUCAGUACGAGUACGAGAGCGAUACUUUUGCGCUGCAUAAUCGGUCAGGUCCAACGACGACAACCUGAAGGACGUCUUGCGAAUGUACAGUUACGACGGGAUCAGUCUGAAAAAGCGCCGGGCGCGGCAGAUGCUUAUGGAAAAGUUCCACGAGAUUCUGUAUCCAUAGGAAAUUUCCCGUACACGACGUACAACUGCUGUCUCUGCAUGACAAAACUUUCCCUCAAUCUUAGACAGCAUGAGCAUGACAAGUUUGACGCUCCAACUUUGCGAGCAGAUCGUUAUUUGUCAUGCAUUUUCGUACAUGUUGUACGGUAAAGUUGUGUUGCAUAUUCUGGGGUACGAGUUUACAGAGGAGCCGAUCGAAAUAAUCCCGCAGAACGACUAUCAAUUGCAAAAAUGUUUCGGUCUGGAAGUUGGUAACUUGUCAUGGUAAAUCUGAAGCAUACAAAAAUCUGUGCUGCAUGAGUGCCAAAAGCUGUCCACUUUCGACCAAGUUGGGAGGGAGUUUCUCAUGCAGGAUAGGCAUGGCGGAGACCUCGCAGAUGAGUCUGUCAUGCUAAGUCCCGCACUCCAGACCUCGUGGGUAAUGGAAAAUCUGCAUGACAAGUUUACACUCUUCCAGACCCAGACAUUUUUGCACUCGAUAACGACGUCGACCUGACAAAGGAUCCUCUGGUACGAGGGCAUUUACUCAACGAGGAGGAGAAAAACCGGAGCAAAGUAUCGAGUGCAAAUAUGUCUGGGUCUUGAAAGUUGUGAUGCAUGUCAGUGAAUUAUAGGAAGCGCCCUUUCAUGCACCGCCAAGCAUGCCAGAUUUUUCCGUUGCAACACUGUUUUGCGUCAUCUGUAUGAGAAGCAGCGUUUUCGUAUGACAGACAUGACGUCGCGCUCUUGCUGGCCACGCAAUACAGAGCUCAGUGUCAUGCCAGAUUAGCAUAACAAAUCUCGCAUUCUUCCAGACGAUCCAGACAUCACAUUUGCAACGCAUACAAAGUUAUCAAAUGUAAAAAUGUCUGGGUCUGGAAGAUUGCAACUUGUCACGCUAAAUCUGCAGCGUGCAAAAAUCUGUGUUGCAUGAUUACCAAAAGUCGUCUAGUUUUGACCAAUAAGUCGGGAGGUAGUUUCUCAUGCAGGAUGGGCAUUAGAAAGGUCUCGCAGAAUCUGUCAUGCUAGGUCCUGCAUCCCAGACCUCAUGGGUCAUGGAAAAGCAGCAUGACAAAUCGCGAAUUCUUCCAGACCCAGACAUUUUUACACUUGAUAAAAGUGAGACAAGCCGACUUGGAGAAGCGGGUGCUCACCAUAUCAAAAGGAAAAAUCCCCCCUCCCCAUAUCAAAACGGAAAUCUGUGAUGCAGAUUUGUUGUCACAAAUCAGCUUUGUCAUGCUACACGGGAAAAGAUGCGGACUGUAGUGCUGGGUGGCGUGGGGGGGCCUUGCAUCUUCAGCAUGAUAGGAGGCAGCUGAGAGUGGGAAACAGCAUGACAAAUUGCUUGCGAAAGGGACCACGACCGCGGCUCUUGGCCUUCUAGCAUGACAAGUCGAUUUGGUGCCUCAAAUCCUGCAUCACAGAUUUCCAUUUCGAUAUGGGGAGGGGGGAUUUUUCCGUUUGAUACACCAUUGGCCAGGUCUCCCGGGCGUUCUGCAUGGUCACGGACGUGUGCCCAUUGAUGGGCGAUAAUAUGGCGGAAAUCCGGUUUCGAAGCUUGCGGGAUGAAUAUCCACAGAAAAAAGCCCAUCCACAUCCAAUUUGUCCGGCAACAAAGCACGCAUGAAGCCACGUGGUUGUCAUGCAAAAAAUGGACGUGGAUGGUUUUUUUUCUGUGGAUAAUGAACUGUGAUGCUGUUGACUACAAUCGAGGGUAAUCGUUGUAACGAGCAGAUUUCGUAGCGGAUCAGUGAGGGACGACAUGUUUUGGCGCUUCUUUCCAAAAUGAAUUUAUAGAGACGCGGCUGAAUCCAAGAUCUUCAGAUAGAGAAGUUGUUGACCACCGAGACGGAAGUUUAAAUGGCAACAAAAAAUCGCUUUUGUUUGUCAAUGCUAUCGUUUUUUGCUCGAGAAACCUUUUUUGACUUGAC